AUGAAUAAACAAAAAGCAAAUGCAAGCGACGAAGAAAGAUCAAACCACUCUACGACAGAACCUGAUACCAGAAACGAGCAAGAUUCAGAUAUGAAUAAUAAGGACUUUUCAGCCAAUGAGAUUUCAGUUUUACUUAAGCGACUAGAAACUUUAGAAAGACUUCAAGCCACCAAUAAUGAAAAGACAAAGAACUAA